GUAGAGCUCAGAGUAGUGAGCGAAGAAGAAGGCGGCGAAGAAAAGGCAGCAGCUUUACGCUCUCACCCACUCCUAUAACUGAUGAUCAUUUGAAAUUUGGAAGAAGACGAAGAAAAGGCACUACGGCAAUACACUGCAAUGGAAGCCCUCCGUCCUCCCUUUCCCUCCGCCGUCGCUUCUGAAAAGCCGGCGGUGGCAAUUGCAGCCUUCCCUUCCAUCACAAUCCCCAACCAAAAACAGAGGAACACUCGCCGUCUUAACCUCUUUUCUUCUUCUUCGUCCUCUACUCUCUGCCCUUCAGUUUCCUGUUCCGCCACUGCAUCUGCUACGCUCGCUUCUACUUCGUCUUCCUCUAGCAAUAGCAACCGCAAUUGGAUGGUGCUGGUAGAGAGGCCACCGCAGGGGCUCGCUUCGAAACCCGAUAUCGUCAAUUACUUCGUCAACACACUUGAGAUGGUUCUGGGAAGUGAAAAGGAUGCUCAGAUGUCUAUUUACCAUGUCUGUUGUGAUGCUGCACAAUUUGGAUUCUGCUGUGACAUUGACAAAUCGGAAUCCAUUGAGCUAGCUCGUUUGCCAGGGGUUUUAUCUGUAAUGCCUGACCCAAAUUCCAAUUCGACCAAAAAGACUUCUGCUUUGAGUGCAGGGUUGGAAGAUAGUUUCAACCCACUUACAAGUAUGUGGUUGUUUCCUCCUGGGACGAGCAAGCAUUGGCUAGUUAGGACGACUACACCUGGAAUCGGUGUGGUUACAAAGGCACAAGUAGUUGAUUACUACACACAGAUACUAACCAAGGUUCUUGGGAAUGAGAAAGAUGCACAGAUGUGUGUGUAUCAUGUUUCUUGGCAAUCCGAUUUCGGGUUUUGUUGUCAACUGGAUGAAGAUUCUGCACGCAUACUGGCCGGUGUUCCUGGUGUUUUAUCUGUUCAACCAGAUGAGAACUUCAAAUCAAAGGUUGAGGGUUAUGGAGUUGAUACUGCUGAAAAUUCUGGUAAGGGGCCAAAUUCUUUGCAAGCAAUUCCGCCAGGAACGAAGAAACUCUUUGUGACUGGAUUAUCAUUUUACACAUCUGAGAAGACAUUGAGGGAAGCAUUCAAAGUUUUCGGUGAGCUGGUGGAAGUCAAGAUAAUAAUGGACAAGAUAUCGAAAAGGUCAAAGGGUUAUGCAUUUGUCGAGUACAUGACGGAAGAAGCAGCAAGCGCCGCUCUCAGGGAGAUGAAUGGCAAGAUCAUCAAUGGAUGGUUGAUAGUAGUUGAUGUUGCCAAAACAAAGCCUAAAAAAUACAGUCGCAGCCGCCCCAUGUCUCCCAACUCCUAACUCCUUUUCCGAGUAGAUCAUAUGUAAUGCAUAUAUGAGAAGGUUCAUGUUAGACUCAUAACCUCACUCGGUAGUACCUUUUCAAGUUGAUCAUCUAUAUGCAUUAUGUUGUGUCUGGCUCUGAGUAAAAUCGAAUGUCUAGCAUAGUGUGCCACACUAGGGAAGGGUCUGACUAGAUUCCGUUUUGGUUCUCCGCGACAUGGCAGAAUGUCCAGAUUUCGACAUGGCUACCAGAUUUGAUCAACCUUUGUCUUUUGAUCAACCUUUGUCAUUCCUCCGGCAGGUUUAUCGUUUGAAAGGAUGUUCACCAGUCAAAUUGCACUUGCCAUGACCUAGACUGAACCUGCCAUGGAUAGUAUGGGUACUGAAAUACCCAACCUAUCCUAUUGCCAUUCCAAAACCCGGCUCUGCAAAAUAGAUUAACCUGAGUUGGGGACGAAUCUCCCAAGUUCCAAUCCAUCCAUAUGCUAGAUUGAUCGAGACUUGGAACCGACAAUGAUUUUAGUUUUACAUUGUUGUUUCAUGAGUUGGGUAUUCAGUUGUAUAGCUUCAGGAAUGAAUCAUGGAAGAGGCUAGCCAUCAAUGAUGAUCCAAUCCCCGAACUUGGGUAUGGCGGUUCAUCUAGAGCAACUGCGGGACAAUCACAGUUCUCAAAACUAGAUGAGACAACGUUAUUGUUGGUUUUAUGCAUUGUUGAAGGAUUCACGUCACAUUAUCUUCCGUGAUUGUGGCGAGAAUUAUCCGGAAUGGUGCAAGUUGAAACAUGAACUUGUUGAUUCCCUGGAAAGAUUAUAUACAUCUAAAUCACUCUCCCAUGGCACAUGGAGUUCUUACAAAUUUGGAAGGAGAUAGGUACAACUGUUCGCGAGUCGCGGAUACAUAAGUUCGCAUCCUCAAGAAGAAACAGAUGAAGCAGUAGAUAUUGUCAUUAUUCAACGAACAGCAACACCAGCAGUGGCCAACGUAUCAUCAUUACCGACCUUCAACUAGUAAAAAAAAAAAGAUACAUACAAGCAUCCAUGACUGUAUUUGUCGAAAAGAGAACCAUAACGAAAGCAAAUAGCAGGAAGAAGUGUAUGCUUACAAGCCUCAUAUGGUUAAGUAAAGCUCAGGCCAACAGAUUUUUUAGCUUCUCAGAUUGAUCAACCAUUCGACCGCAAGCAAUUGAAUCUUCCAGUUGGCACCGUAACAGCUCUACAGCAGGAUAUGGAAACCAUGCAGUAAACGGCUUUUUACGCU